AGAUACUAAACCCGUCCUUCCACAAUAGGUACCUACAUUAGGUACCUACCUCCUAAGUUAUGUACCUGUUAACUAGUUAACUGCAUUCUUCCAAGUUUCCAAUUCUUUGAACCCAAGACCUAAGAUGGACUGACGUUUACGCUCACCAAAUCUAUAUUAUUUCCCUUCCGAGUCUAUACCAUCUAUUGUUUAUAGUAUUCUUUACAAAGUAUCCCAUUUGCCGGAACGCAUCGCACCUAAGCAUAUGGGAACAUACAGCAUACAGUUCAGGGUCACAACCAAAGAUUACCUAGUUAUCGUGCAUGUAUUGCACCCCAUUGCAACUUUUAUUGCACCUAUUACACGCACGGGUUGCAGGAUUCAAUCCAAGUGCGAAGCUCGCAUCUCAUCUGCGUACCGCAGUCCAAUCCCGUCCUUCGGCCGCCUUAUUGUCACCUACCAUAGCGGAAAUGGGGGGUUUCAGAGAACGGUCAUUUAUGGGGAACGGUUCUCUAUUAAGAAACAGUUCCCUGUUUCCAGGCCUUUAAUUGGUCCAAAUCCGGAAAUAAUGGGCCCAAACUUUAAUUUUUUAGACCCAUUUUCUAACCGCUGUUCGAUACGUAUAAAACCG